UGUUCUCUCCCACUCACCAUUCCCAUCCCAUCACCACACCCUCGAAAUGCCUGGCGUCCUCACUCAGUCGCCGGCCAAGGUUCCGAGCAAGCGUGUGUUGCAGGACAGCACAGCUCUUCGUCGCAACCAGCAAGUUUCACCGAAUAAGAAACGCAAGCUCGAGGAUGCAAAGCCCCAGUUCAAGCGUCCGGGACCAAGAGGAAAGAAUGGCGUCGGAUCGAGCCAACCGAAGAGCCAGUUCGAAGAGGAGGUCUUGGAGAAACUGACACAAGAUAUCGAUGCUCUGAAGCACAACAAUGCCGAGAAAGACCAGCAAUGGGCACGGCCCAGUCUCGAUGACUUCAAUGAGAAGAGCGACACUUUGACCUUCCAGAAUAUUGAUGUUGAGGAAGGCACGCUGCAUGGAGGCAAGACAACUGUCAAACUAUUUGGCGUAACAGAAGAGGGUCACUCCGUGCUGCUGCACGUCACUGACUUCCUGCACUACCUCUAUGUAGCGGCACCUAUCUCAUUCACCAAGAAUGACUGCGAGCCGUUCAAGGUCUUCCUGGAGUCGACAUUGGCACAACAUUCUGCUGCCAUCCACUCGGUGCAGAUGGUGCUAAGAGAAAACAUGUUUGGAUUUCAAGGCAAUACCAAGAGCCCCUACCUCAAGAUCACCGUUACAGAUCCCAAAUACAUCAGCAGAUUACGAACCGCUAUACAAACCGGGAAUGCCAAUUACAAAGGACUCUGGAAGUCGGCAGAGGGCGGCAUUCUGACUUUCGACAACAUCCAGUAUACAUUGCGAUUCAUGAUCGACACAUCUGUGGCUGGAAUGUCGUGGGUCGGUGUCAACUCUGGCAAAUACCAUAUGAUCCCGCAACGGGAUCGACAAUCACAUUGUCAAAUCGAAGCAUACUGUCAUUACCGAGACAUCAUCGCACACCCAGUCGACGGCGAGUGGUCCAAAAUGGCACCUUUGCGAGUGCUCAGUUUCGACAUCGAGUGCGCCGGACGAAAGGGCGUCUUCCCAGAGGCAAACGUCGAUCCUGUAAUACAAAUUGCCAACGUAGUGACGAGAUAUGGUGAAGAAAAGCCAUUCGUUCGGAACGUCUUUUGUAUGGACACUGUCAGCAGUAUCGUGAACACACAGCUCUUCGAAUUCGACAACGAAGAGAAAAUGUUGAUGGCCUGGCGGGAUUUCCUGGAAGAGGUCGAUCCAGAUGUCAUCAUCGGGUACAAUAUUGCCAACUUCGACUUUCCUUACCUCCUGGAUCGCGCAGCACAUCUCAAAGUAGGCCGCUUUCCAUUUUGGUCGCGCCUGAAGAAUGUCAAGUCGGUAGCAAAAGACACCAAUUUCGCGAGUAAGCAGAUGGGCAACCGAGAUUCGAAAGCCACGAAUACGAACGGCAGAUUGCAACUUGACUUGCUCCAGCUUGUUCAGAGAGACUACCAGCUUCGAAGCUACACCCUCAACUCAGUAUCGGCACAUUUUCUCAAGGAACAAAAAGAAGAUGUGCACCAUACUAUGAUUACGGAGCUGUACAACGGAACACCGGAAUCGAGGCGCAGAUUAGCGGUGUACUGUCUGAAGGAUGCCUUCUUACCCCAGAGGCUGAUGGACAAGUUGAUGUGCCUGACCAAUUACACGGAAAUGGCAAGAGUCACGGGAGUUCCUUUUAAUUUCCUGCUAUCGAAAGGUCAGCAGGUCAAAUUCAUCAGUCAGCUGUUCAGAAAAGCGCUCGAGCAACAGCUGGUGGUCCCAGAUCUUAAGUCUGAGGGAUCAGACGAGCAGUAUGAAGGUGCGACCGUCAUCGAACCGACCAGAGGAUAUUACGACGUACCGGUAGCAACGCUCGAUUUCGCCUCCCUGUAUCCAAGUAUUAUGCAGGCUCACAACCUCUGCUACACCACCCUUCUGAACAAGAAUGCCGUUGAGAAGAUGAACCUCAAAAAGGAUGAGGACUAUAUCGUCACGCCAAACGGAGAUCUCUUCUGCACUACCAAAGUCCGGAAGGGACUUCUAUCACAAAUUCUUGAGGAGCUUCUCGGAGCGAGAAAGCGUGCCAAGAAAGAAUUGGCAGUCGAAACAGAUCCGUUCAAGAAAGCUGUGCUAAAUGGUCGUCAGCUAGCAUUGAAGAUCAGCGCCAACUCUGUCUAUGGGCUGACUGGAGCGACAGUUGGCAAGCUGCCCUGUCUAGCCAUUGCCAGUAGUACCACAUCAUAUGGACGUCAAAUGAUUGAAAAGACCAAGGAGGAAGUCGAAGCCAGAUACACCAUCGCAAACGGUUAUAGCCACGAUGCUCAAGUUAUCUAUGGAGACACGGAUUCUGUCAUGGUGAAGUUUGGACCCAACGACCUCGCCAAAGCCAUGGAGCUGGGAAAUGACGCGGCAGACUACGUUUCGAGCAAAUUCAUCAAGCCCAUCAAGCUCGAAUUCGAAAAAGUGUACUAUCCUUAUCUUCUUAUCAACAAGAAGCGCUACGCAGGCCUGUACUGGACGAAGCCAGAAAAGUGGGACAAGAUGGAUACCAAAGGUAUCGAGACUGUUCGCCGAGACAAUUGCCGCUUGGUGCAGAAUCUCAUCGAAACAAGCUUAAAGAUGCUGCUCAUCGAUCAAGACGUCCAGGGUGCUCAGGAUUAUGUCAAGGAUACCAUUUCCGAGCUUCUGCAGGGUCGCAUCGAUCUUUCGAACCUCGUCAUCACAAAAGCUUUGACGAAGACGGAUUAUGCCUCCAAACAAGCACAUACGGAACUCGCCGAGCGCAUGCGAAAGCGGGAUGCCGGUUCGGCGCCUGCGCUCGGUGAUCGAGUGGCGUAUGUCAUGGUGAAAGGAGCUGCUGGUUCCAAAGGCUACGAGAAAUCGGAAGAUCCCAUGUUCGUGCUCGAGAACAACUUGCCUAUCGAUACCAAGUACUACCUGGACAAUCAACUCGCGAAACCUUUGGGACGUAUCUUCGAACCCAUUCUCGGCGAGAAGAAGGCAGCCUCGCUCCUCACGGGAGAGCACACUCGUUCAGUCACAGUUUCGGCGCCGACAAUGGGUGGGCUCAUGAAAUUUGCCAAGAAGACCGAGACGUGUUUGGGUUGCAAGAAACCCUUGACAUCAAAAGAAGAGAGUGGCGGUGCGGUCGGAGCUGAGUGCCGACCGCGCUUUGGAGAAUUGUAUCAGCGAAGCUUAGCCAAAACGGCAGAGCUUGAAGUGCGAUUUGCGAGACUCUGGACGCAGUGCCAGAGAUGUCAGGGAAGUAUGCACAACGAGGUCAUUUGCUCGAGUCGCGAUUGUCCGAUCUUUUAUAUGCGCAUGAAGGCAAAGAAAGACGUCGAGGAUGCGGAGAAGGAGAUUGAGCGCUUCGAUCGAGAUGCUACGCUGUGGUGAGGAGGCAGCAGCCGAUUGACUGCCAAGGUUUGACGUGAGGGACGGCAGAGGAACUCUACAGCAUGCACGGACUUUGCGCCGUUGUUGACACCUGAUGAUCUUUUCUCAAACAGCUGAUUGCGCAAGACUCAUGAAAGAAUGAGAUGGUAUCCCAGCGAGUUGAGGCUGAAGGGUGGCGAGCUUCGUCGAAGGCUCCAACACUUUGGCGGUGGCGUACUACGAUGAUGGUGGCGGUGCUCAGAGUUACGUGUAUCAUGAUCUUUCAGGAAAGCAUAAUGCCAGACAUCUUUGAAAUUCUGUACAAGCAUUGCCCCGUUUCUGCCCUCUACGUUCUGUGCACGGUUUUCGACACCUGUCAAACCAGCUCUCGCCAACUGCUGUCAAAAACUGGUCAGUUGUGCGCGACAUGUUUGAUGUUGUAGCAGCGAUGUGGUAUCAAGUCAGCAUUCGUGGUGGCUAGGCAUCUGUGACAGUGCCUUAUGUUGUGAGACUGAUAGGUCCAUACUGAUCGGAUCGCGCCGACUACGAUCGAUUCUCGUUUCGUCAUGCCGCAACUCGUCCGCAGUGCUGAGGUCAAGUCGGUUGAAGAUUGAGCAUUGGCCAGCACCUGCUUCGUGCAUGAGUCUUGUUGUUGGGAUAGCCAUAUCUUCGCAUCUGAGUUCUAUGCGAGGGUGUUGCCUUCUGUCAAUCUCCCUCAAGCAUUGCUUGGCAAU